AUGGGCUUAAUUGCGAAUCUCAGCGCCGAUCAGUGGCUCGCCGCAGCCAGUCACCGCCGUACGGUAUAUACGCUCAAGGGGACAAGCAAUGUGCCUGACGACCGCGUUAAAGAGAUCAUCGAACAUGUCCUUUCUUUCGCUCCAUCUUCCUAUAACACUCAGCCUGUCCGUAUCACCCUGGUGACCGGACCGAAACACAAGCAACUUUGGGAUAGAGUCAUUAGUGCAUCUAAGCCUGUGUUGAAAGGUAUUGGUGACGAUGUUUGGAAUUCGAUGAGUUCUAGGUUUGAAGGAUUCAAGGGUGCUUAUGGAUCUAUUCUAUUCUGGGAGUCCGGACAGACUAUUAAGGAAUCUGAGGAGACUCAUCCAUCGUCCGCACACAUGCUUGCCGAGUUUUCCGAUCAUGCCAACGGUAUGCACCAGAUCCUGGUCUGGACUGCUCUCGAGUUGGAAGGCCUUGGAGCAAACUUGCAGCAUCUUAACGCUAUGCCACCCGUUGAGGCUGCAAUCAAAAAGUUCUGCGGCGUUCCUGACGACUACAAGCUGAAGGCACACCUGAACUAUGGUGACGAUGCUGCAGAACACCCUACAAAGCCGGAGAAGCUUUCAUUCUCCGAGACAUUAAAGGUGAUCUCAUAG